AUGGUACUCGUCGCGCUGUGGCGGAGGCUGCCGUCGGGUCUGCAGCAAGGUCUCGUGCGCAUCGAUCGCUCCUUCGGCAGAGUGAAGGAAAAAGUCUGUAAAUUUGACAGAAGGACUGGGAUCGUCACCGUCGCAAUUCCGUUUGCGCUGGUGAUGGUUACAACGGUGGGCACCGGCACGCUGGUGAUUGAUCGCCAGUUUGAGCUUCGCUCGCUGCGGCGUCAGUCUGUCUCGCAGCGGCAGCACGAGCAAGAAGAGCAACGCAAACAGUUCCUCCAGUUCCUCGCGCAAACCGACCCCGCAGAACGCCUCGAUAACUCCGUCCCAGUCCCCCGAGACAACUAA